AUGGGAUUCUUAGCUGCCCUUAUAUACAAGCUUUGCUCGCUCCGUGUCGUCUUCUUUUGUCAACCCUUCCUGCGCUCACCAAAACCCAUUUCAUCCCGGCUGUUGCCACUUGAAAAUGGGUUUUCUUCCCCGCCGACCCAGAAUGGCAAACUCGUUGACACUUACAGUAGCUUCCAGCUUCGCCUCUCGCAAGAAACCGCUCUCGACAAUCACUAUCUCAAACCCAUCCCGCCGAAACGACGAACCUGGCGAGCCAUCGAUUGGAUCUCCUACUGGAUCUCGGACCAGUUCGCGCCUGCAACAUGGCAUCUCGGAGCCUCCAUGGCAGCUACCGGUGUCACCGCCCGAGCUGCGAUCCCUGCCGUCUUUCUCGGCUUUCUCUGCGUCGGCUUCGUCAUGUGGGCCGCGAGAGUAAUUGGCGCUACCUACCACAUCGCUUUCCCUGUUAUCAUUCGUGCUCCUUGGGGCAUCUACCUUUUUCCGGUGGCAGCGAGAGCUUUUUUGGCACUCAUGUGGCUCAGCAUCCUCACAGUCACGGGUGGGCAUCUCACGAAGCAGCUGUUGAUCUGCCUCUCGCCAAGGUUUGCGAACAUACCGAACCAUCUACCUGACGGUGCGAACAUCACCUCUAGUGGGCUUCUGUGCUUCUUCAUGUUUUGGCUGGUCCAAACCGCAAUCACCAUGAUUCCGGUAGACAAGCUCAAAUGGCUCUUCCGCUUCAAGGCGGACAUCUGUCCAACGGCUUUGAUUGCUAUAGGGGUAUUUAGACUUUACAGAACACAUGGCGGAGGACAAUUGGUAAGGGGCCCAGUAACGGCGGGUGCUUGGUCCAUCAUUGUCGGCUUGAACGCGGCGACGACGAUCUACUGCACCGUUGCGGUUAAUAUUGCGGAUUUCACUCGAUUCUGCAAAUCUGUCAAACCGACGUGGCAGCAAGUCUUACUGCUGCCCAUCACAGGUACUAUUCCAUGUGCCUGUGGGUUCUUCGUCGCAGACUAUGCGCUAACGCUUCACGGCGAAGCUGCCUGGGAUCCAGCCAAGCUGAUAGGGCUUUGGGAGAGUCGAGCAUGGACGUUGUGCGGUGCGCUCGUGUUCCUCAUCGCCACUAUCGGCGUCAACAUUUCCGCCAAUGCAAUCUCCUUCGCCACCGACGCCAUGGCCGUAUGCUCUGCAUAUAUCGACAUUCACCGAGGCUGCUUGAUUGCUGGUAUCCUCGCUGUGUUCAUCACACCCUGGAACCUGGUCAACUCUGCUCAAGGCUUCCUCAAUUUCCUAGGCGCCUAUGGUUGCUGGUUGGGUCCGAUCUCCGGCAUCUCCCUGGUCGACUACUAUCUUCUUGGACGACAAAUCCUCGACGUACAACAGCUGUACAAGCAUCCGCACGGUAUCUUCAGCUACGGAAAGUGGGGGAUCCACCCGAGAGCGUACAUUGCUUUUGCAACAGCCUUUUUUCCAAACUUGCCCGGAUUCAUGAAUGCUAUCAAUCCGAGCAUUAGCUUGGUUGUUCCCAUCUACAGCUUCAACUGGUACUUUGGCUUCGCGGUAGCCUCUGUGGUGUACGGUUUGCUGUGCAAACACGUUUGGCCAUUGCCGAAAGAGUCGCUGCUCGACCCGUGUACGCGGACGAAGCUUACUUCUGGCAUGACUACGAGAGGGAUGUGA